UGGAGUGGCAACUGGAUGCAUCAGAACGCAAAGAUGGCUUCGAACAGUAAGAGCAUCCCAGCCAGUCAGCAGGCCCAGUUUGUGGGGAUUAUUCCCGAGUACGAUGGGGAUACCGACGAUUGGAGUGUCUAUCAGGAGAUUCUGGAGGAGUACUUCAAGGCCAACGGAGUACCGGACAGCAACAAGAUUUCGGUGUUGAUCAGCGUAAUUGGACCGGAUACGUAUCGACUGUUGCGUGACCUCUGUCAUCCGGAUUCGCCGAAGAGUAAAAGCUAUACGGAGUUGUGCGAACUGCUGGCGAAGCAAUUUCUCCCGGAGAUUGCGAUCUUCCGUGAAAGGGCCAAGUUUUAUCGAGCGGAGCAACAGCGUGGAGAGGACGUCAAGACGUGGUACGCCAGACUGAAGAACUAUUCGGUCAACUGCAAAUUCGGAGAGCAUUUGGAUCAAUUGCUGCUGGACAAGUUCGUUGUUGGAUUGGCCCCUGGACCGAUUCAAGAUCGUCUGUGCGAGGAAACCGAAAAGCUAACAUUGAAAGAAGCUCUGGAUUUGGCUGCCAAUCGGGAAUCUGCACUUCAGGAUGAAGAAAUGGUUGAUGACAUGGCUGACAUGAACUUGGAGGAACAUCGUCGUAGAGGAUGGAAACAUGGCGGUCGGCAUCGUCAUCGCGGUCACCACCAUGGUCACGGACAUGGCCACGGCCCCGGGCAUCACGGCCAUCAUCACCACCAUGGACCACACGGCCGUGAAAUGUCAUUUGCAUUUGGACCCCGUGGACCACACGGUCCUCAUGGACCACAUGGCCACGGCCCCAGUAUGUGGGGUCGCCCUCCGAUGGGACCACCAAUGAUGAUGGGACGCUUCGGUCCGAGAGGAUUCCACGACUUCGAGGGAAUGAUGCCCAUGCGUCGGCACGAGAUGAAACGUUGGGCAAAGUUCUGUCGCAAGAUGCAAUCUCGGCGGGCAAAGGCUAGUUCGAGCUCGAGCAGCUCAAGUAGCAGCAGCAGCAGCAGCAGCUCCGAUAGUGAAAGCGAUAACGAGGAGAAGAGGUGCAGACGUGGUCGACGCCCCCAUGGAGGACACAGGAAGGGUGACUGGCAUGGAAAGUUCGAUCAUCAUGGAGCUGGUAAAUGUGCAAAGGGCAAGCGACGUGGAAAGGACUGCAAGAAGCAAAAGGAGGCGGAUCCGGUUGUUACCGAGAACACCGAACCGGAACUCAUCGAAUAAAGAAUAAGAUUUAUGAUAUGUUAAUCUCCUAUUUAUCCAUUGUUUAGACGUGUAAUCAAACCAGAAAAAUCAUAAAAUAAGUAGUAUGACAAAAAAAAACAAAAAAAAAAAACGUAAAAAUGUUGAAUAAAAACUGAAAAAUA